AUGAUACUAAACCUUGAGAAUGUUCGUGCAUCCGGAAGCCCUUUGAGAAAUACGCUUUGCUUAGUGGGAUGGUUUGUGCUUAUUUGUAAUCUAGCCAUAUUGGCGUUAAUCGUCUAUAUUGAUCAUGGUUUCGUUCGAUUCGCUACCAAUUAUUCACUAAUUUCGCUGUUGAGUUUGAUCGCAAUUAUCUGCACGAUAUUUGCAUUGAAAGAUCAAAAUGCCGCCAUGCUUUACCCAAUGCUUGUGUCUCUAGAUCGCGUGCCACUUCCUCUGAAUCUACUCUUAUUGGGUUUGGCUAUCGAGAAGACGUUUGAAUUCGUUUUAUUCCGUCGUUUGAUGAAAAUGUUCGAGCAGCAAAAUUACAUCGAUCAAUUUUCGCAGACCAUCAACAAAGCCACCUUGAAUUCGGCUAAUGAUACAGAUGACGAGAUAGUAGUUUUCGAGAAGGUUGCAAAGAACGGUGGUCAGUCGGCGAUAUAUGAUUACGGUACACAACGACCGUCAGCAUGA